CGUUCGCCUCCAACUUAUUUCACUGUUUCAGAUGAUGCAGCUUACACGAAUGAACAAAUUCAAAUACUAGACGCACAAGUGACUACCCAGCGCGUCAAUUCACAAGAAUUCCAUCUCCCCUGCGAAGUUCGCGUUCAGAACGAAGCUCAAUCAUUGCCACUGCAGUUUAGCUGGACAGUCGAAGAAGACGGAAUAACAAAAGAGUUACCGCUCUACAACGACCGAAAGUCUGUACCGCAUGGUGUCACAAAAUACGCAUUAAGGGUUGCCCAGACAAAGUCUGAGUUGGUGAUCAAGCACGUGACAGAACGAGAUCUCAAGCUGUACUCAUGUCGGGUGUCGUUGGGUGGCACGAUCAAGGCAACACGAAACGUCACGUUGAUGAAAACAAGCGAUUGUGAAGAACUGUCGUCUCCUGCUGACGGAGAGUUUCGAGAAGAAACAAUUGACACUGAUACGGGGAGUUUAGCGACACCCGUAUGUAACAAUGGAUUUACUCGUGUGUCUACUGACAUACAGCACUUGGUGUGUACGUUGUGGGGUGAGUGGGCUGCUGUUGACCGAGAGACUAGGCAACUGAAGACAGUUGAUUGGGAAUACGAGAAGCGACAUGCUAUGUGUAAACCAACCUUGUCAGCAACCUGCAAGCAAGAGCCAGUCCCCGAAGGUAACAAGCAUCUCAUUGAGACAGUACACCUGCCUCCACAUAUUGAUAACAAAGACAUAAGUGCCGUGUUUCCUAAUACAACCUUCACAUACACUUGCCCGAAGACACAUGAACUAAUUGGAGAGACGACGAGGAUGUGUACUGAUGCAGGAAUUUAUACAGCAGAGAUUCCAAGAUGUGAAGCACGUGUAGGUUGUCUUCAAUACUGUAAGUCAUUUGCCGUCAAUAAUGGUGCCGUGCAUUACAUUGCAAAGAAAGCAGUCACCAUUAAAGGGCAAGGUAUCAUUAGAAACACAUGUCGAGCAGUCAUAACAUGCAAUACUGGAUUCGUGACGACGGAGUACCUCAGAUUAUUUUGUGACAUGACGAAUUCUCAGUGGGUGGAAAAAUCAGGAAAUACAUUAUUUGACCCUCCAAACUGCUCACCCGAGAGUUAAGACUAAAUCGAUUUAGUGUAGAAUUUUGUAUUAGACAUUUCGGUGCUUUUAUCAGCUUGAGAUGCCAUUUGUGUGUCUGUAUCUACAGUAACACUGAACUGUAACUAGCGUGUCACUUUGUCAGUUGUUUAUAACAACUCACAUCUAUACACUUUGCUUUUACUAUGCGCGUGCAUAUGUAGCUAUAAAUGUACUUGCUAAGCGAUGACUUGUAAUGUUUAAAAAAACUGAGUAAAAAACUUGUCGUUUGUCAUACUCGACUACAUGAAAAACAAGUCAGCAGGAUGUACAAUUCACAAAUGCAUCUAUCCAUCCCAAUGCUUGAGUCACUACAUUAAAUCAUUCUAGUGUCAACUGUCACUCAAGUAAUUGAAGAUGCUGCUAUAAAAUGAGAGCCAG